UCUGAAAGGUCGUUUCCAUGACAACUGUAUAAUAGUGACCAUGCCAAAGAAAAAAAAAGAAAAGGGUGGUAAAAAGAAGGGCAAGGGUAAAGGGGAAGUCAAGGAAAAAGGAGAGGAUACUGACAAGCCUUUUGAAGCACCUGGAGUUUCAGAGAAAGAAAAAAUUCUCAAAAAAGAAUUGGCUGAAUUGGACUUUGAGCUGGACACUCUUAAGAGGCAAGUCAGCGAUCUGAGGAGUGAGAACGAUUGGCUUCAGAGAGAAGCAGAUAAAUCAAAGGAUGAAAGUCAAGACUACCAAACUUACAUCUCUCGUAAGGCCCAGAAGAGACAGACUAUGAUAGUAUCCCUCAACGACCACAACCAGCACGAGUUGAGGGAGAUACAGGAGCAGAGGGAGAAGGUCAUUGAUAAGUACACAGAGGAGAAAAAAGCACUGAAUGUACAGCUGCUAAGAAAAGAGGAGGAACUUGAGGUUAAGAAAGACGAGCUGCAAGCCCUGGCAUACUUUAAGACAUUGAAAGAGGAGCAGGACGAAGAGAUAAUGUCCUUGGAGCGCCGAUUAGAGACCCUGAGAUUUCAACAUGAAGACAGAGUGAGGGGAAUGAAGACUAAGUUCCUCAAAGAGAAGAAAGCUUACGAGGACUCGAUUGAGACUAGAAUCAAAUCCAUGGCAGUGGAAGCCAGCAAGGAGGUGACUGAGCACCUAAAAGAGCACACAAGUUACAUCAAGACGGAGAACCAUCGUCUAAGGAAGGAGCUCCAGGACCUCAUAGAGACUACCAAUUCCCUACAGCUACAGAAGAAAAAGUUGGAGAAACAGUAUCAAAAAUUGUUACAUGAGUAUCAGUACAACCAAGGCAUUCAGCAGCUUAGGGGAUCAGUAUUUAGGAAUAAUAGCACAGCCUAGCAUUGUUAUUCAAAAUUUGUUCCUAGCAUUUAGCAUUUUUUUAUCCUGUACGUGAACCCCGCGUCAUUUUGUCUAUCAUUUGCUUGUCUGCAGUAGAUGUACUUCUGCCAGUUUA